UCUAGAGUUGUGGAUUGUUCUUCAUUUAGCUUUGGCAGUUCUAGUUUAUUCAGAAACUCCUCUAUGGCUGAGGUGGAUGGAUCUAUUUGGGACGUAUAUAACUCUUGGUAAAAGUUUUUAAAGGUAUCAUUUCUUUCAUGGGGAUCACGAGUAAUAUUCCCUUUCUUAUUAGUUAUUGAAUGGAUGAUUUGUUUCUCUUUAUUAUUUUUUAAUUGGUUGCUAAAAAUUUACCACAUUUGUUAGCAUGUUCAAAGUUUUCCCAGCAUAAAGUUAUAACACAUAGUUGCAUUGCAUCUAUUAUUUUUUAACAAACCUUUUAUAUUAAACCAUUUUUUUACAUACCACCUGCUAGUACAGCCAUGGAGUUGCUUCCCGGUCCUGGUAGAGCUCUCCGUUGACGUACAGUUUGUCGACGCUGAUGACAGCCCUGCAGCCUUCUGCCAUGAACCUCUUACGGAUGGGGAACAGUCGGCGGCGGCGGUCGAGGAUCUCCUUGGGGAACUGGUCGUUGACGCUGUAGUCGGUUCCCUUCAGCUGUCUGCCCCGGCUCUUAACCAGUUCCUUCUGCUUAAAGUCAUGAAACUUGGCAACGAUAAGUCGAGGGCGCUGGCCAUCCGAUCGUCUUCCUCCGAGUCAGUGGGAACGGUGAAACGCCAUCUUGUCGACAACUUCCACUGGAAUCUUCAUCUGUUGUUUAAGGAAGUUUUUAAUGGUGGUUUCCGCGUUUUCCUCCGCCUGUUCUGGAAUCCCCGAAAAAAAAGGUUGUCCCUCAUGCUGCGGGCCUGCAGAUCGAUGAUGCCUUCUUUUAUUUUUUAUUUUUUGGCCGCUAGCUGAGCCACAUCCUCCGUCAGGGACUGCACCGUUCCCUUCAGGGCCUCGUUCUCGAUGGCGAGAGAAACCACCUGCUGCUGGCUAAAUUCCAGGGAGUAGCGGAGGGCCAUAAAAUCUUUGUGGAGGAGUUCCACUAGCACCAGACGCGCGUCAAAGCUUGAUAUUUUUUUUCUCUAUGGACUUCAGGAUGUUCGUGAUGUUUUUGUCUGCCGAGCUAGCUCCAGGUGACUCAGGUGAGUCAGACAGACGGGAUCUCUUGUUUGAAGCCGUGUCCUUUUUCCCCAUUACCAGAUGCUCAAAGCACUCGUCGAUGUACUCGAAACUUUCUUCGGUGUUAUCCAGAAUGGUAAGAUGGUUGAUUGUUUUCCAUAGAAUGAAAUAGUUGUUUAUUUAUUUAAAUUGGCGGAUAGUUUUUCGCGCUGUUGUUUACUACCGGCGUUUGCGCCUUGUUGAAUUUCUCGUGCUGUUCUGGCAGAGUCUCGCGUUCUCUCACAGCAUCGCGCCUCCCUCUCACCACUGUGGGUCCUUGGGAAAGACCCUUCAAGCUACCGCCUACAGAGAGACAAGGAACCACAUGAGAUACCGGCUCAGACGUCGCCCGUCGUCUAACAAGGUCUGCGUCAGGUGCACCUUGACGAGAAGUGGGCUACUGGAACAAGAAAGAAAUGGCUAAGAUGCGAGAACAAGGCUCUGUUGGAAUGCUACUACUCAAGUAACCCUAGUCAGAGGGAUAACAUGCAAAGAAUGUGUGGUGAAUGGGAACGGAGAAACCCACAUUCAAGGCUGACGGGGAAGCAUUGACGAGAUACAACACAAAUGCUACGGCAAGGGGGAGCCAGGACGCCAGGUCAGAGGGGAGGUUUCACCAUCUUCCCAACCGGAAAUUGGGUACGAAGCCCCAAUAAGCACAGAUACGCUGAGCGAGGCAGCGACUGACGUGAAAGAUAAGAUCAUGGCGAGAUUAAACAGGCAACCCCGAACCCCACUACAACGGCUAAGUGAAGUACCAGCAGAAAGUCUCAUGGAAGACGUGAAUGCAGCAUUCAGAGCGAUCCCUACCACAACAGUCACAGAAACCAAUGAGCUGAUAUACGCUUCAGCAUCAGUGAUCCUAGAGGUGCUUGGCUAUUAAGAGCAACCAUGGGAGCCAUGAGAAACAAUACCCACCAUGGAAACAAAGGUUGGAGGCAAAAAUCAAGGCAGCUCGGAGGGAAGUGAGCCAAAUGACAGAGGCACAGAGAGGUGCAAUGAAAAGACCGAUGCCCAAGGUACAGCCAGAUGCCCAACUGAAGGGCGCACGAUCCUGAUAAUGAAGGAUCCCUCAAAGGGUACAGUCCCAUCCAACUACCGGCCAAUAACCUGUCUCUCCACAACAUGGAAGCUCAUGUCAGGCAUCAUCGCAGCAAAGAUAAGUGGACACAUGGGUCAAUACAUGAGCGAAGCACAGAAGGGCAUUGGUAAGGAUACCAGAGGAGCCAAACACCAACUCCUGGUAGACAGAACAGUCGCCCAAGACUGGUGCGAUACACCAACCUGUGCACAGCCUGGAUCGACUACAAGAAAGCCUAUGACUCAAUGCCACACACAUGGAUCACUGAAUGCUUGGAGCUGUACAACAUCAAUAGAACUCUAAGGGCCUUCAUUGCAAACUCAAUGAGGUUGUAGAGAACCACCCUUAAAGCCAAUGGGAAGCCACUUGCCAAUAUAUCCAUCAGAUGUGGAAUAUACCAAGGAGAUGCACUGUCCCCACUGCUGUUCUGCAUAGGUCCGAACCCCUCUCAGCCAAAUAAUAAACAAGACUGGCUAUGGAUACCGACUCCGGAACAGGGCCACCAUAAGUCACCUCCUCUACAUGGAUGACAUCAAGCUCUACGCCAAGAGUGAGCGAGACAUCGACUCACUGAUCCACACCACCAGGAUCCCAAGGACAUUGGGAUGUCAAUCAGACUCGAGAAAUGUGUGAGGAUGGUGACAAAGAGAGGCAAGGUUAUCCACACAGAAGGGGUCUCACUCCCAGAAGGAACAAUAGCAGACAUUGAGGACAAUUACAAGUACCUUGGAAUACCACAGGCGAACGGCAACCUUGAACAGGCAACAAGGAAAGGAGCAACAGCCAAAUACCUCCAACGAGUAAGGCAAGUCCUAAGAAGUCAGCUCAAUGGCAAGAACAAAUCCCGGGCAAUAAACAGCUACGCCCUGCCAGUGAUCAGAUACCCUGCAGGAAUAAUAAGGACGCCAAAGGAAGAGAUACAGACCACAGAUGUUAAGACACGGAAGCUCCUCACCAUGCAUGGAGUGUUCCACCCCGAAUCCAGUACCCUGAGACUAUACGCUAGCCGCAAGGAAGGAGGCCGAGGACUAGUGAGCGUGAGAGCCACUAUCCAGGAUUAAACAUCCAAGAUCCAUAAGUACAUCAAGGAUAAGGCUCCGACAGAUGACGUGCUGAGUGAAUGUCUCAGGCAGUGGAGAACAGAGGAUGAGAUGCUGGAGGAGGGACCAUCAUGGGAGGACAAAUCCUACACAGGAUGUACCACUGCAACAUAACUGAAGUGGCUGAUCUCAACAAAUGGCUUGAAAGGGCUGGGCUGAAGGACAGCACAGAGGCACUCAUCCUGGCUGCACAGGAGCAGGCCCUGAGCACCAGAGCCAUAGAGGCCCAGAUCUACCACACCAGACAAGACCCAAGGUGUAGACUGUGCAAAGAGGCCCCUGAGACAGUCCAGCACAUAACUGCAGGGUGUAAGAUGCUGGCAGGCAAAGCAUACAUGGAACGCCAUAACCAAGUGGCUGGCAUAGUAUACAGGAACAUCUGCGCAGAGUAUGGACUGGAAACCCCAAGGUCAAAGUGGGAAACACCUCCCAAGGUGGUAGAGAACGAGCGAGCCAAGAUCCUGUGGGACUUCCAGAUACAGACAGACAGAAUGGUAAUGGCGAACCAAACAGACAUUGUGGUGGUGGACAAAGAGCAGAGGAAAGCCGUAGUGGUGGAUGUGGCAAUACCAAGCGAUGGCAACAUCAGGAAAAAGGAGCAUGAGAAACUAGAGAAAUACCAAGGGCUCAGAGAAGAACUGGAGAAGGCUUGGAAGGUGAAGGCCACAGUGGUGCCUGUGGUGAUUGGAGCACUGGGGGCAGUGACCCCCAAACUGGAGGAGUGGCUACAACAGAUCCCUGGAAUAACAUCCGACAUCUCAUUCCAGAAAAGUGCAGUCCUAGGAACAGCAAGGAUACUGCGCAGAACCCUCAAGCUUGGCUGGCCUCUGGUAGAGGAACCGAGCUUGGAAAGUGGAUGAGACCACCCGCGUGGGGUGACUUCCAACAAUAAGAGAGUCCAGUGAACCAGGAGGACUACGGCAGAUGAGAUCCAGUGGCACUGACAUCUUGCAUCCUUGCCCUCACUGUGGCAUAAUCAAUUUAAAGAGUUUGUCUUGGGUCAUUAUUACCUGCUGGAGGACCAUCUGUUCACCAAAGCUGGCCACGAACUCAGCCAGGAAGAGACACACUCGUACUCAGGACACACUCAGCCCCAGGGAUUGCCAGGUAAAAGCAUGGCGUAUAGAAAAGUAUGUGACACGCAGACUGGCCCACUGGUUGGGGAAGCACUGCACUGCUCUGGUGAACUGGAUCUGGAUUGGGACCUGGACAAGGAGGACCUGCAGAAGCCAGGGCCCAGCAUGGAUGGCAUGCAGAUGCAGCACGUAGACUGCCAGUUGUCAGGCUGUUCAGACCCCGGGCCGGACCCCGACCCUGACCUAAUGGACUCCAUCCAACCGUCUGUCUCAGUUUCUCCACAUGGACGGUUUGAGCGACUCCAGGAGGAUCCUAAUUACAUCUCCCACUUCACCAGGGCUCCUGGUCACAAAGGACAGCGACGGCUGCAGUGCUCCCUGCUCAGGUACUUCCUGGCAGGUCUGGGCCUUUUUCUUUUGGGUCUUCUAAUUGGCUGGUUCACUCACACACCCACUGUCAAACCACCUACUCUUCCAGCUGAAACCUCUGACCUGCUAGAAGAGCUGCUGAAAGGCAUCACAGCUGACAAGAUAAAUGCUUUACAGAGGUCUUUCUCCAUUCUGUCAGAGAGCACAGAGGAAGCCAGAGCCCGGUACCUCUACAGACAGUGGGUUGAAAUGGGUCUAACUGACGUCCAUCUGUCCAACCAUACAGUCCUCAUGAGCCUGCCUGGCUCAACACCCAACACCAUCACUGACAGGUCCACCCACCAGUGUUUCCUGCCAAACGGGAUCCGAUGUGACCAGCGUGGCCUUAGUGACCUGCCCAAGCAGCAGUUCUCCUAUGCAGCCUACUCUGCUAUUGGAAGCUUACAGGGCGAGGUGGUGGACGUCCAGUAUGCCGGCUUGGAUGACCUUAGAAGAGUCAAGUACAGCCUGAAUCUCACCAGUCAGAUAGCUGCUGUUAAGCUUGGCAAGGCACCUUUACUGUACAAGCUAUCCCUACUGUCUGAGCUGGGCUUUGCUGGUGUGCUGCUCUACGUUGACCCAUGUGACGCUCCCGCUGGUCACCGAGUCUCACGUCAGGCCUUCAGAGUCACGCUCAACCCCGGGGGAAACCCUGCAAAUGACGGAAUGUCAAAGGAGUCAGCAGGGAGUCUAACGUCUAUGUUAGUUCAGCCCAUUUCUGCCUUCCUGGCCAAGACAAUACUGUCCUCUUCAUCAGCGGCACAGGGGGACUCCUGCAUUCCAAUAGCCAUGCCUCCUAACACAGAACGAAAGAAGAUCACGCUGACUGUUGGUAACCAGUUCUUCUACAAGAAAAUCUACAAUGUGGUGGGAUACCUGAAAGGAAAGAAAAACCCAGAUCGCUAUGUGCUGGUGGGCAGCCGACAUGACAGUGGCCUGGGAUGCAGUGCUUCUGCCAUCAUGAAUCAGCUGAUUGCAGCUCUGACCGAGCAGACCAGACGAGGCUGGGUGCCGGACCGCACCACUGUGUUCUGCUCAUGGGGAGGCUCGGUCCUGGGAAACAUCGGCUCCUAUGAGUGGGGAAAGGAGAACAGUGUGGUGCUGCAGAGCAGUGCUGUGGCUUACGUUAGCCUGAACUCACCGGUCAGAGGAACGGAGACUCUGCGAGCUACAGCCUCCCCGACACUGCUGCAGCUCACCUCAGACAUACAGAGGAGACAGUUGCUGAGCUGCAUUCGUGGGGGGAACUGUCCUGGACCCAAUGUUACCUCUCUGCAGUUGCCUGGAGAUGUGAGUUUCUUUGCCAACCAGCUGGCUGUUCCCACCAUGGAGUUUGCUUUUGAGCAGACCAAAGCAGAAGAGACCACCAGUUUCCUGUCGGAGGCCCAGUUCUCUGCAGAGUCCCCAGAAUCCCUUGACCCUCUCUUCAAGUUCCAUGAGACCAUCGCUAAGAUGACAGCUGAAGCCAUUCUGCGGCUGGUGAACGACCCAGUGCUGCCAUUCUAUCCACUGGAUAUUGCUCUGGAUGUGCAGAACAAACUUAAAGACAGGGCUGCGAUGUCUCCGGCGUUGCUGUCCUCCACCUCCUUUCUGAGGAACGAUGCCACUUUCUUCCAGUCGGAAACAAUGCGGCCAGCAAACGACCCUAAAGAAGGUGAUCCCUCCCACGUGCGGAUGCUCAAUGAUGUGCUGCGCGACCUGGAAAAGAGCUUCAUCAUCCCACAGUCGCUGCCUGGAGUUUACAGGAACUUGUUAUACAGCCUUCCUGGAAGGACACCACAGUUUUCCAUCCUCAGGUUCUCCCAGGAAGCCGCCCAGUACUGCAACCUCACCAGCAAAGUGGCCAAGCACAGUGCUGGCUUUUGCCACAGCACUGUAAACCAGUCUCUGUCUCUCAUCCUCAGGGCUGUUCAGUCAGCUGAGAGGCUGGUGUGUUUUGGCUUAGAACUGUUUGAAAAUUAUCCGAAUGAUACAAAAUGACAUCGACAGAGACAGACCCAGCAGUGAGGAUGAGGCUCUAACAGGAAAAGAAGAAACAUGUUUUAUCUAUUGACAGCAGGAAAAACACAAUUCACACCCUGUAAAACUGUAGCAGAAGAGUUGAGAAUAAAGCCCCAGAUCCUAGUCCCAUAGAUUUAUUCUGCUCUUCCUCAGUAACUCAUAUUCCAAAUGUAUGAACCAAGAAUCACUGCAUAAGUGGGAAGAAACAGUUUAACAAACAAAAUAUAAACAAGAUAUAAAUUGACAAUUAUAAAAUAGUAAAUAAAGUGGACCUAAAAAAUUUACAGGCAACAAGAAGGCUGUAUCGAAACAAACCAGCACAAUAACACUCACUGAGUAAUAGUAAACAAAAACAAAGUAUCAAAGAAAAACAAACCAACAAACCGAGUAAUAUGUAACAAACAGACCUUCACCCGCAACAGACAGGGCAACAGGAGUACAAACCAUUCGAUUUUUUUUUUUUUUGUUUUAUUUAUAUAGCACCAAAUCACAACAAAUUUAUCUCAAGGCACUUUACAAGGUAACGUUUAAGACCUUACACAACUAAUCCCAAUAAAAGCACAGCAACAACAACAAGCAACAAUAGUCGGAGUAUACCUUAGGCAGGAUGGUUGGACCAGGGACUGGAAUGAGAUUGCUAUCUUUAAUCAAGAAUGUAGCUUUUUCAAUUCGAGCUCGCUUUAAUGAUUUAAUGUUGUAAAGAUUUUGUCAUGCUUGCUCCUUGCUUCGCUUAAAAAUGUCUCUGCUCGCGCUCAGAUUUGCUCUGCUGGCAUUCAACGUUUUCAGGGUCUGUGUAUCAAAAGUCAAAGUCAAGUUUAUUGUCAAUUUCUGCAAUACCUUUUGGACCUACAGAGGAUUGGAAUUACGUUACUUUCACAUAAAACAACAUAAGAACACAGAACAGACCUGACCACAAAUACAACCCCCCUCCUGAAAGAUCUGAGACCUGUUCAGGGUGUACCUGUCUUUCAGCAAGCUGUACAAAGGGUACUUCGUAACUAGCGUAGGUACGAAUCUACGCCAAUGUUCAGAUGUAUAAAAAACUAAAUAGUAGAAAAGUAGAAAUUUGCAUAAAUCUACGGGAGCUUCCCGGUUUCCGUAAGUACUUUUCUACAGCUAUUGGUCUCUAGUGGCGACACUAAGAGGUGAAACAGGAAAGCAAGUUAUGUGAAAAAGAUGGUUAGUCACGCCGUAGAAAAAAAAAAAACAAUUAAUACAGACAUGCGUCUGCAAUUAGUUGAGAGGAUAUAAAAAUAUGCACUAAAUGGUGCAAACAUAUAUUCUACAGCUCUGUUAGAUGAUUAGAGGUUCAAAGGGUCCGUUAGAUGCGUCUGUUGUUAAAGCUCAACUCAACCAUGCAGCCAGCCACAUCCAGCUGAUAACCACACUAGGGUUCCAGCCACGGAGGCAUCAAGAAGGAGCUCUGGACGCAAUCAUCUGUAUGUCAGCGAGGCAUCCAGUUCCAAUAUAAUGCGGUUGAUCAGGGCAACAUUAGUGGCGCACUUUGCAGCGAGAGCCGGUUUACCGGACCCAUCGACUGGACACAUCGCUAUAGAAGGACCAUCACAGGAUGAAACAUGAGUCAAAAGGAAACAUUUUUAUUUUAUCGAUGUACAAAUAAUCUGUGACGCACAAUUACGUACAGCUACAGUCGGCAACCUGUAUCGAGGAGCCUGGUUCAACAAUGAUCCAUUCACUGGUUCCAAUAAUUUGAAGCCAGUACCAGAUCGGUGGCUUCUUGGUAAGUAAAAAUUUCAACAGCCUUAAUAUUAAUUCCUGUUGCGCAUAGAACCUACAGUGCCCCAAAAUAUCAUCCUGUCUUCGGCCUCAACGCUAGUCUAGUCAGUAGAUACUUGUCACUGUGUUCUUAGUAGAGGUUGAUACAUCUAGAUUUUUACCUCAUGUACAAAGACUUGCAUAGAUUUUCUACUAAAGUUUGCGUAAGUGAAAACCCGGAAAGCGGCAUAAAAAAUCUAGAUUAAUUAAUGUCCCCUAAGUACGAAUCUAUGCAUGUUUUCUUGGUAUUUCCCAGUCGACGUAGAAUUGAGCACAGCUUUAAACACCUCUAUAAAACUGUUAAUUAAUUUAAAUACGGUCUGUGUCUGUGCAGUACACCGAGCAGGACUGUGUGCAGGUGUUAGUGCUGCAGGUUCGGCACAGUAGCGACAUAAAGGUGGAUGUAAAGCGAAGUUUAUCACCAAAGAGUGACUAAAACAGGCAGAAGUGAAGGAGAUAAUGAACUGACCCCUUUACACUGUGUUCAGCAUAAUGUAAACAUACAUACAUACAUACAUACACAUGUACUGUAAAUAACUAUAAUUACAAUUGUAAAUAAUUUGUUGUUGUUUUUUUGUCACAAAAGGCAACAAAGACAGAAUCAGACCACAUAUAAUUCCUUGGUUGUCCUGUGCAAACUUGGCCAUUAAAACUGACUCUUAUUCUGAUAGUGUUGACGAUAAAAACAGGAUGAUAUUAUUUACUGACCAAGAAGCCACCAAUCUACUACCAGCUUCAAAACUGAUUCCAACCAAAUUAAAAUGAAUAGAUCAUCGUUAAACAACUUCACCACAGCAUCACUGAUUGUAGCUUCCUUUGGGCAGAUUAUUUGUACAUUGAUAUAAUAAAAAUGUUUUUUGUUGACUUAUGUUUCAUCCUGUGACUGUGCUUUUUUUAGUGAUGUGUCCAGUUGUUGGGUCUGAUUACAACAGGUAAACCUGUUCUCGAUGCAAACUGCACUUUAAUGUUGCGCUGAUCAACUGUUGUAUGGAAACUUGAUGUCUUGCUGACAUAGAGAUGAUUGUGUCCCACAGAGCUGGCUUGGCUCAGGUUUCACUGGCAUAAACCCGACCAGUCUGCAGCUCUCUCUGGAUGCCCCCGUGGCUGGAACCCUACUGUGGUCAUCAGCUGGAUGUGGCUGGCUGCAUGGUUCUUGAUGAGUUGAGCUCCAACACAUGUAUCUAACGGAUUCUCUGAACCUCUAAUCAUCUAACAGAGCUGUAGAAUAUUUGUUUGCACCAUUUAGUGCAUAUUUUUAUAUCCUCUCAUCUAAUUGCAGACGCGUGUCUCUAUUGUUUAUUGUUUUUUCUACGGUGUCACUAACGAUCUUUUUCACAUAAUUAACUGUUUUCCUGUUUCAGCCCAAUAGCUGUAGAAAAGUACUUACACAAACCAGGGAGCUAUCGUCAACUUAUGCUAAUUCCUACUUCACAUAGUUCUUGAUACAUCUGAUUGUUGGCGUAAAUUUGUACUUACGCCAGGUUUUUGUGCAUAAGUAUGCUUCGUACAUUAGGCCCCUGGAGCUGUUUGCUGCAAUGGCUUCAAGUUUCAUUCAGGACUAAGAAAGGUAAAAUAAAGCAUUAGCUGUUGGGGACAAUUUUUUGCCAGACUUUGUGAAGGUAUCGUAGUCUACCUAAAAUAAAAAGGAAUGGAAGUUUAGUCCUACACUUCAUCUGUACUGAUAUGACUGUAAACCAGGGCAUUUCGUUGGGUUUAGCUUUUGUUAAGAGGAGGUGUUCUCAUGUAAGCUAGAAGGUAAACAUAUUCAAUAAAUAUAAUAUUCAAGCAAUAAAAUAUCUGACUAUAAUAUAGAUGUAGAUGACUAGAUGACUAUAAUAAAGAUGUCAGCAGCACAAGCACAAAAGAAAGGAGAGGGGCACAGAGAAAGUGAUUAUUACAGAUAAGGCUUUAUAUAUAAUAAAAAAACUUUUCUCCUAAUAUAUAUCAGUCAGCAUCUGAAAACAGCCAAAUGCUGCAACAGCACUUGACCUACAGAGAAGCCCAGGUGUGUAAACACUGGAAAGUAGUUAAACUGCAAAACGGGCAUUCAGCUGGAAACAAGCGUUACUAUAGGUGCCCACACAGCUUGAUUCACUGUCCUCACUCUCUGCCAAGGCUUUAAAUUGUAAUAGUUAGUGAUUCUUCUCACCUUUCCUUCCUUAAUAAGGCCACCAUCCAGCAAUCUUUCCAUGUGCUGAGUCACAAGUCCCUGUAAUUGGGACUUAACCUGCAAAGCACUGCAGUCAUACUACUUGUACUGUACUUGUACCUUGUACUUGUACUUGGGGCUGUUUUUUGUAGUUAGGCAUGAUGUUUGCUAGAAUAGUGUUAAUGAAUAUCAUUUUUUGUACUAUGAAAAUACUUUUAAUAUUUCUUACCAUGACUUUUUGGAAUACAUUAAAGGUGGUAAACAUUUAUAGCAUGAGGAAACAGACGGAAAGAAGAAGGAUGGGGUUCCAUUUUAUGUCUUGUAAUUUCUUACUAAAUCUAAAUUUUCUAGAGUCUGUAGAUCUUUAAAAUACAGUAAAUGCUUUAGCACAUAGAACCGCUAAAUGCAUUUUUCUAUAUGUAGUGUUUCAUGUUUCCAUAGAAACAGUGACGCAUUAGAAUAAGUGUAUUUUUAAUCUUGGGUGUUUUAAUUAACUUUUAUUUCAAUUAUAAUAUGUAGAAUAUGUUUGUAACAGUUUUGUAGGUUAAACUGAAUUUUCAUAUUUUAUUGUCCAGUUCAGACUCACAGUGCUUAUUUUACUGCUCAAGUAGUGAUCUGAAAAUAUAAAUGUUCAUUGCUAUAAAUCAUGUGCCUUUAAUCAGCAAAACGAAAUUACAUACCUUUAAGUCAAAUAAUACACCCAAAACAUUUUGUAAUGUAACUGGAAGCCAUCAUCUCUGAGAAAAGAGUCAUCUGCUGAUUCAUAUUAAUUAUCCAACACUUGUUAAUAUUCAGUAUGUAUGUCAGCAUGAGGUACAUUCAGAAUGUGUUACAGUACUCAAGUAUUUACUUUUUAUAACAGUUUGUACUUGUUUUCAAACUUUAAAACAAAGGAAAUGUCUCAGAACCACAGCACAUGAAACACAAGCAUACAGUGCAAAAUCACAGUGGGACAAUAAUCAUUGAACAGCUUUGUUAUAAGAUGGUCCCACUUCAAUAUAAGUUAAAUGUUAAUUUAUUUUAAAUUCAUCUUUUAACACAUUUCAGAACUGAAAUUUAAAAAAGUAAACAUCAGUCAUUAUCACUAAACAUCAGCUAACUGUAAAAAAGCAUGUGUCAAAUCUUAGUGAAUCUCUGGGACUAUCACAUAGGAAACUUAAACCUAGCUGUUGCAAUAAAUAGGAUCACAAACAUGUAUGCAUUUAGUAAGCUCUGUCUAAUUUAAAGAAUUCUGUCUACAACAAAAUCUGGUCUUAACAGUGCAGUUUUCAGUCAACCAAAGUCUGAUUCCAUUUUACUUUAUAUAGUACUCAUGUACAGUACUCUAGAAACAAAGAAAACUCUAAGCACCAAUUUAUCCUUCACUAUUUACAACUGAAACAAAUUAGCAUUUUGUACAUUUGUAAACCAUUCUAUGUUGUAUAAUAUAAUAUAAUAAUAAUGUUUGGCACGGCACAUUAUGGUAACUGUAAUUAUUUAUUGGUCUCUAACAGUAUAAUAAGUCUGCUACACAGCAUCAGUUUGCAUCUGAUUAAUAUAAUGUAGGUGUUUUAGUACAUGGUAACACAUCCAGGAAAAAUUAUUGGCUUAUGUGUUGUAUCAUUUUAAGUAUAUGACCCAGGCUGGUCUUCUUUUUGUCUAUCAGUAUAGAGUAGUAGUUAGAGGCUUCACAAAAAAAGUUAGUAUCGAUAAAACACACAUUACAUAAAUGUGUUGAUCUGCAGCACAAAAUGCAUCAUUGCACAAGCAGGAUCGCUGCUGUGUACAGUAUUUAUUGAAACAUUUAAUUUAAAAGAUCUGAUUGAAUGCAAUGUGACAUAUUUAAAUGUAGAAGGUUAUGUUAUUGUUUCACAUGAAGUUCCAAAAAAGCAAUACUCAUGUUCAUAAAUGUGUCCUUUAUAUCUCAAAUUAUUUAAAACGGAGCAGUUUAAAAAAAUCGAAUUUUGAAAUGGACUAUCUAUUAAAUUCAGCAUUGUUGUUACUAAAGCAUCACAUGACGGUUCAGAAUGGCUGCAGAGUUCUACAUGAGAUAUACAUCAUGUAAAAUAGUUUUUGCAGGGACCUUUUUUUCUGGUAUGGUUUUUUAUCUUAAACGUUGAAGCACUGUACAGUUGAAUUUUUAAAGGAAUAAAGAACAUUUUGAACAUGUGUUUGUGUCAUGUGUCCCAUUUAUCUGCAAAGCAAACACAUCCAGUCUGAUGCCCCCUCUACAGUGUUGGGGAUAUGCGAUAAGCACAAAUUAUAAUAAUUGGAUUUAUAGCUCCUGAUUGGAGGUACCGAUUAUGUUUUUAAUUUAGAUUCGCAAAAUCUAAAUCUUAGAUUAAAGAUUAUAACUAUAUAUGAUGAUGAAUAUUAACCGAAUUAAUAAUUAAUUAAUUUACGGGGGACUAUCCUUUUACCAGGGACCAAUAACCAAUUUGGAACAGCCAGUACAGUCUAAACUGUCCUCCAAAAAGACUCCUUUUCGACGCCUUCCUGGCCUUUCUUGCCACGCUCAUAAAAACGGCUAUAAAAUCAUCAUACUUCAAUAUUUUUUUUUGCUUUUUUGUAAAUCACUUAAACAACUUCAGACCUGCCCAAAACUACCAAGCUUUUUAUUUUCUUCAGAAUUUUAACCCUUCAAAUACCAGUACUGCUUAUAUUUUAUCAAAAAACACAAAAACUCUAACUACUAAUUAAACUAGUAGGAGGAUGGGGUUUUGGUUGUGAUUAGAGUUUUGGAUAUGCCAAAGAUUAAAAACAAAAUUGUUUUAAUUGCAUUAGUAUUUUUAUGUAGUGCCUGAUACUCC